AGUUGUAAUGCCACAACCUCUCUUCCCCAAGUUUUCUUGAGUCUUCUUUCUCGGCCAUCUCCGUGUUCUGCUUCUCGCUUGGCUCUGUUUGUGCAUUUCGCUUCCAACUGAAAUUUCUCCCCUCUCAGCUCUGUUUGUGGGUUUUCGGAAUUGGGUCGCAGCUGGACUGCCGGAACUCGGCACCAUGUGGACAAUCGUGGACAUUUCCACUCUCGAGGCGCGGAACGGAGUCAGGCUGCGGGAGCUGACUCGUUUGAGAUUCGUAGUUAGGGUUAGGUUGUGUUAGAGUGUUGCUAAGAAUUGGGGUUUUUUUUUUUUUUUUUUUUUUUUUUCCCUUCCUUUUGGUUGGUUGGUUGGUUUUUAGGUAGGUGAUAUGCUGCAUUGGUUGUCAAUGGACAUUGGGUGAUGUGGUGUAAUUAGGCUUUUCGGUGGCGGAAGGUAGCAAAAGUGAAAGCAUUGGGAUUUGACUGGAUUGCCCCCCCCGCGGAGUUUGAAUGGUGGACGACUGCCCUGUGCACAACAUGCAGGCCCAGUUUGACAUAGUCCAGGCUGAACCGACAGCCCUGCUCUAUAAGAGACCCGAUGGCGUAGCGCUCGUCGGCAGGGAAAACCGGAGGUUGAAAGAGCUUUUCAAGGAUUUCGGAGUUCAACCGUCAACUGUUGCAGUCAUGGGACAGAUGGGUUUCACGUUGAGCACGCUGAUCAACAUGAAAGACGAGGAAGUAGAUUUUGUAAUUAAAUCUAUGAUCGAGGAAUAUCACUUGGAUCUCUUGAUGGGCGAACAGUUUGGUAUUAAGGCGGCUGUUAGGGCCAAGCGGAGGCUGGUUGAGGAGGAGAUGGAGCAACAGCGCAUGGAUUUGGCUGCUCGAAGCAAUGAAAAGAAACGUAGGCUAGAGGAAUCGUCUGAUGGUUUACUUUUGAAGGAUGGCAAUGGUUCUCUGGAAGCUUUGGGACUAUUGGGUCUGACUGAUCCCGACAGUGACAGUGAGGGCAAAAAAGUUGCUAAAAGAAGACAGAGGAAAAGGCGGUCGAAGGAAGUCGGAGAGGACGGAGAGGAGAGACCCCGUGAACAUCCCUUUAUUGUGACAGAGCCUGGUGAACCUGCCAAGGGAAAGAAGAAUGGUUUGGAUUAUUUGUUUGAUUUAUACGAGCAAUGUGGGAAAUUCUUGGAGGAGGUGCAGCACAUUGCCAAAGAGAAAGGGGAGAAGUGUCCAAGUAAGGUCACCAACGAGGUUUUCCGUCACGCAAAACUCACUGGUGCUGGCUACAUCAACAAGCCGAAGAUGAGGGACUACGUGCAUUGCUAUGCGUUGCAUUGUCUGGACGUGGAGACAUCAAAUAACCUUAGGAAAGAGUACAAAGAGCGUGGAGAAAAUGUUGGUGCCUGGUGUCAAGCGUGCUAUUUCCCUCUAGUUAAAUUAGCAAGGCAGAAUGAGUGGGAUAUUGAUGACCUCUUUAAUCGGAAUGACAAGCUUCGGAUCUGGUAUGUCCCCACGAAACUCCGGCAAUUGUGUCACAUUGAGAGGAUGAAGCACGGUGAAUGAGCCCUUGUACAUUAAAUAGUAUACUUAUGUCAAGGUUUGAGGUUGGAGUAGUUCUUCAUUCUAAACUUACAUUGUAUCGGAUUCACAUUUGGAGUCUCCUGGAACACACGGGUAGGAUUACACAUUUUAUGUACGGGGUUACUGCACCAAUCUACACACUUUGUUUUUAAUGUAGAUGACAGGCUUAAUUUUGUACAGGAAUCUGUAGAAAUCUCUGUAGGUUGUGCCCCCCCUGUCCUUUUCAUAGUUGCAAUAUAUCAUAAUUACAAUUGCAAUUAGCAAUUACUGGAA